AUGGAGAAUGAUAGACCUGUCCAAGCUGUGCCAGCAUUUACUUAUUCCCUUACUGCUACACAUUGUGAAAACCUCACUUGCUUUGUGGACUAUGUACAGACCCUGUCCUGCAUCCUGAAGAAUGACCUGUGUGCUGGUUCAUACAACCUCACCGCAACAUGGAUUCUUGAGGAAGAUCCAGAAAAUCCUGUGGCUGCCUGCAGUCUCCUGCAGUCAACGAGGAACACCAGCCAUACACAAUAUAUGUGCACUGUUGACAUGACCGAACUCCUGGCAGAUACCAAAGUCCAGGUGGAUGUUACAGAGAUAGCUGAUAGGCAACACAUGAUUUCCACAGGCUUUUAUAUGGGAGAGAACAUCAAACCACAGCCUCCUUUCAAUCUCACCGCUGUGUUCUCAGAGGGUUACAAUAUUUCUUGGGAAACCAUCUACCAGAACUCUCCUUAUUACUUUUUGAAUGAGGAGCUGGAGUAUCAGCUGCGUUUCAAGAAAAGGAGCGACACCUGGGAGACUCAAAAGACUAAAGCUGUCCAUGAGGAUAAGCGGACACUGGUGAUCCUAUCACAGGAACUCCAGGGAAACACUGAGUAUGAGUUCCAGGUUCGAGCCAAACCCCGAGAGGACACUGGCUACCGCGGAUUUUGGAGCGACUGGAGUCAUCCGCUGAUGCUGACCACCAGCCCUGACGUAGUGACACAGAGAGCAGACACAAGAUGGCUGCUGCUGUUUGGUGUUGUCGCAACGGUCACUGCCUCAAUCACAGCCUUCUUGGCCAAGCAGCAGAGCUUUUGGAAGAAGAUGGCUUGCAUCCCAGACCCUGCUGCCUUUUUCAAACCCCUUUACCUGGUGCAUAAUGGAGAUUUCAAGAAGUGGGUUGGUGCCUCUCAUACCAAAAUGAGCCUCGAUUUCUUUGAAUGGGGAAUUGUUCUUCCGGAAGUCCUAGAAGUUUACAGCAUGCAUCAUCCCAAUAGCACCUCACAAGAGGAGCUGAGUGAGCUGAAAAAGGAUCCACCUUGCAAGCCCUGCAUGUCUUGCCUGACUGCCCCAGGUCAGGAGAACCAGUCUCCUCUGUCCAGUGUAAACAGUAGCAGUGGGACUCAGGAUCAGUCAUAUGGGCAUUUGUCCAUUGAUACUGUGACUGUGGCUGAUGAAUUUACACCUUGUCACUCUCAAUGCAAUUGUAACCAUGUAUGCAGGGGACACAAGUAUAUCAGCGAUGAGGAUGGUAGUACUGGAGUGACUGGUUAUCCGAAGGUUAACAUUGAUGGUGACGAGACGGAGCUAUCCAGCGACUUGCUUCUGGCUGACCUGAGCACACAGGACAAAGUACUUGCCUCGGGCUCUGUGUCCACAGAUCACACGAGAGGCACAAGCUCCCCAGCCCCCCAGCAUGUAGAAAGGGCUCUGAAAAGAGGGAUGGGGAGUAUCCUAGAAGCCCUUUGCUUGCAUCCUAAUCAGUGGGAUUUGGGAAAUCCAGCUUCUCUGCCUUCUCCUGAUGGAGAAAGUGUUUCUUACAGCGAAGGUUCCUGUGACUUUUUCCCUCAGAGUGCAAAGCCUGGUGACAGUUAUCCUAUGAUCUGCCUGGACUUGGACACUAUCGACAGUGGCUUUGUGGACUCAGACUGUGGGAGUCCAGUGGACUGUGAAUUUGACCAAAACAGUCAGACCAACUGUGGGUCUAUCCCUCUUGAACCAGAGGGAGAGGACUUCCCACGGAGCUACGUCAAGCAGUGGGUCUCCUGCCGCUUGGACAGUCCUGCCAACGGGACACAGACUAACUAAGGUCUUGGUGUUGCC